AUGGUGACUUCCAGCAGCAGUGAUUAUGAUUAUGAUUAUUCCUCUAGCUCUUCCGACGAGGAUUCCAAGGCUCCAGAGAUGAAGAUUUUUGCAGCAGAAUCUCGCGCCAAGAUGGACCAACCAUUAAAGAAGGCUAAGGAAGCCAUAAACGGCUUGUAUCUUGAUCAGCUGAAGACUGCCCGUGAUAGAUUCUCGAAGAGGAAAGCCGAGGAUGAGAUAGUAGCUGAGUACCGGGAGAAGAGGCUUCGAAUUAAGCGCAGACGGUUAGCCGCCGAGGAAAAGCUUCGCUCUCAUCCUGAUGGUAUAGCCUCGGAUUCAGAUGUUGAAGAAGAAGAACCUGAAGAGUACUGGGAUGCAAUGUACGUCGAUCCUGAUGAGAGAGAGGACUUUGGUGACGAUUCUAACAGUGAUUCUGAGGAAGAGAUUGAAGAGGAUUCCACGGAAGACGAUGAUGGUGAUGACGAGUCCGACGAAUCCGACGAUUAG